ACAAUACUUGAAAAAUUUGCAAAGUUGAACAAAAUAUCUUAACAUUUAACAUGAAAAUGAGUUGUAGGUCAAUUGACACCUGUCAUACUGACGUGUACACAUCGUCGUUACACCAAAUAUAGUUGAACUUUUGCUCCGAGUACUCUGAAAAAACAGACCAAUCCAUGAAAAUCAGGUAAAAUUUAAGUCGGAUUUUUUUCCAGACUGGCACGCCUAUUGCAGUUGUUCCAUACACCACAUAUAAUUAACCAACUGCUUUGAGAAAUUGACCUAAUCUCGUACUUCAACCUUGAUCACUGAUCCAGGAAAUGAGGUCAAGGUCAGGUCAACCCUGUCUGACUGGCAUGUAGACGUUGCAAGAAAUCCAAAUAUGAUUAUCCUAUAAAUCGAAAUAAGUGAGAAAUUCACAUGACAAAACACUCCUUUAAUUUCAAGCAGUCGCUGGACCAUGAAAAUAAACUCAUCAUAGAAACCAGGACUAAAAAUUAGGUCAUGGACAUAUGACAGUCUGACACUUAUCAGGUAUCUGCAUAGAAUAUAAUAUUGCGAUAUAUUCAAAAUUAUAAUAGAAAUUAGAGGUCAUCGAGCAUUUUCUCAAGCUACAGGCUACAAUAAUCAACCAUUUUUUUUCCACAAAAGAGGGGGGGGGGCUCAAAUCCGUUUAUGAAGGCUGAAAUCUGCCACAAACUGAGUUCGCAAGAAGGCUGAUUUUCAGAAAAGAUAAUUGCAUGUCGGAUGGUCAAAAAGACCAAAAAAUAAGCAAUAGCUAAAAAAAAUGCAUAUGAUUUGUUCUUUCAUAUUUAUCCAUUGAAGAAUCGAAGAUUUGAAUCAUCAACCGACCGAUAUAAAAACAGAUCUAGAUAAUAAUCUAAAUAUUAACGUCUAUCACUUUGUCUAGAAUUAGCCGGGUUAAUCUAUUAAAUUUAACCCAUUUUUCUCUUUCCCUAAUUGUUUAAAAAGAUACAAGAUAACCCAGAGUGGACUACGGACACUGUCUUUAUCAAAGUUUCGAUAGGUUAAUACAGUAUAAUGUCGAUUUGUUCACAUUUUCUAUUACUGGUCACUUUAGGAACUGUGGUGGUUAUACGUAAUAACGGUGUAGAUGGAACAAUAUGCUGUGCUCCAGACCAAUGGGAAGGACACAUGUAUUUGGAUUAUAUGCAAAUUUUCAUUGACUCCAAUACGCUGUAUCUGUAUUUCAAUGGAAGUGUAAACGUAUCGUACGACUAUACCAACUCAAAAGCGUUUUACACUAUUAUAGGGACUGAAAUUAGUCCUUUGAUCCCUAAACCGGAACCUCUCAACAAAACCUACAUCUUUGACUACAAAAAGAACAUGCAGUAUGCAAUUGAUAGUGACGGCUCUUGUGAAAAAUCCAAGAUUGAUCAGAAUAUGACCAGACAAUGCGUACAAGACAGUGGAAUAUUAAAGAGCAGUGGAAAAGUUGGAGAUAAUAUUACCACGGACACUUAUAUACUGACGUUAUCUGAGAGCUUCAACAACGUAAGAGGAACCAUCCAACGAGACAGCUGUUUACCUAUACACAUGGUAUAUAUAGUGGGAUCUGACAAUCCAGAUAGUGGCAGCGUUUUCACCUUAGAUGUUUUGAGUACAGUACCCGGAAUCAAAAACCCUGCAAUAUUCACUCCUCCAUCUUCUUGUAAAAAAACGACAAGAAAACGAUCUAUCAGCAAGAUUUCACAAGAAUUGGAGACAGUGCUUACAGAGGUAUUCCACAAAAGAAUGUUGUAUGGAUAACAUGAAGUCAUUUUUACUAUCAACUGUUAAAUUCUAAGUGUGUAAUGAUUUUUAUU